CAUUCGUUAGUGACGUCGAGAGGUUUUAACUCCGGUCUCCGACUCCGACUUUCAGUGACAGUUUUUACUUUCAGUUAUCAAAUUGAGUACCUAUUGACUAAUAUUGAGUCACUCUCAUUUCCGUUUAUGAAAUAAAUAUUUUCAACUCUGAGAAAAUAUCCUUAAAUCUAAUCAAAUGUGCAUGAAUUUCAAGUGAAACAGUUAAGUGCAGUACCAUAACAAUGGGUGAUUCGUGUCAAGCAUGUCUUACAAGAGUUCCUCACGCUACCCUUAUAGCUACAAUAAUGUGCUGUUUGGGCGUGGGAGUCUUCUGUGGUACUAUGUAUCGAGGAUCUUCUUUAUCAAUUUUGAUGUUUGACGAAGUUUUCCACUUUCGAUUGAUGUGGAUAGAUGCUCUACAAAUGAUAUUUAUUGUGGGCAGUGCUUGUAUGGCGGCUCUGGGUUUUAUGUUAUUAUGCCUCGGAUGCCUCACAACUGGUGCUACGCGACAGAAAGUAUACCGCGCCUGGAGAGCAAGAGUCGGCGGUCGUAUAUCUUGUGCCGUCUUUAUGAUUAUAACUUACAUUUUAACUUUUAUCUGGCUAAUACUACUGGGUUUCUUAGUCAUAACAACUUUCCUGUUCACAAUAUUCUGGGCAUUGUGUUCUAAGCCGAAAAACAUUGAACUAUCCACCUGCAUUGAUUUCACACAAUUUGAUUUCAUGUUUCCUUCAUCUGUUCGCCAAGAGGAUAUGAAAAUAUGUGAAGCACAUAAAAUAAAGCUGUUCUGUAAAGAUUAUGUGGAAAAAGCAGAAUUUAUGUUCAUCCUUGCUAUGGUGUCCUGUCUGCUGGUUAUACUGAGUUUAGUACAUUAUUUAAUGUGUUUAUCUGCCAACUAUGCCCACAUCCGAGAUCAUGAGAAGUUCCAGGAGCUGCAAGAGCUGCAAUACCUCACCAACCCAGACCUGCACGCCUCUAAAGACAGGUUCUAGUAUAUGGCCCGCGCACCAUUGUUGCGCUCCUUGGAAGCCACUACUAAAAUGUGACAAACGAAAACAAUAAUUACACAUUAAUGGCAUACUGUGUUCAAAAAUUGAUGUCACUAAAAGACUGAUUGUGGAUGGUUCUUGUUAGAUUAGAACUGAAGUAGACAUAUCUAUUUAUAAUCACCUUUGUACUAAAUAUUUUUACAUUCCUUAAAAUAAGUUUUCUUUACAUUUUAUUGUUAAACAAUAUUGAUUUGACUAUAAUAUUGACAUUUAUUUAUAACGUUGUUCUCAUGCUUGGCAUGAUUAUAUGUAUAUUUGUGUUUCUUUGUUCAUUAUGAAUUAUAACAAUAGUCUAGAGAGCCUAAUUUUUAUCUUAAUUCUUCCAUUAACAAUGAUUAAAUACUAGAUUAUUUAAAGUUGUAAAAUGUCUGCCGAAUUGUUUGUUAAUGUAAUAGAAAUUUAGUUACGGUCAUUGUCUGAAGUAGGAAUUGAGGUCUGUUACAAAAUAUGCCGUUGAAUUAAGUAUGUCUUAAAAUAUUUGUAUUUCGUAAUCAUCCACAAAGUGAUUAAUUGUUCAAUGUUUAGUACAAUAAUUAUAGAUUAAGAUGGCACAAUUUGUAUUUUGUAGAUGUAAGAUUUAAAAGAACAUUAUAUAAUUGACUGUUCUUAUUAAUAUGAUCUUUGUGCAUUUUCCUCCGACCUUAGCUAUAGGCUUUGGAUGAUUUUUAUCGGAACUUUUCAUUAAUUAUAGUAAAUAUCAAAAAUGUGAUUUCGCGAUCAAUUAUAGGGUGGUGACUGUAUUAAGUAUCCUGCAAACUAUUCAAAGUAAAAAAAAAAUUCUUAUUUAAGUGUCCAAAUGUCUUUGUAUAUGUUUUAUUUAUGAAGAUAUUUAUUUCAGUGUAUUAUGAUGCACAGUGAAAUAUUUGGUUGAGUUGUCUACCUAUCAGUAAUUCUGAAAUAUAAGAUUUGAUUAUUCGGUUAAGUAAAAUAGUCCCACCCGUAAUAUUAAUUGUCUUAAAGAAAUUGUAAAAUAACUUUUGCUAUUUUUUAUAAAACUAAGCUAGCUUUGAGUCAUGUGCAGCCAUUUAAAAAUCCCACCAAAAUUUAUUCACAUUUUCAAAAUUAGUGCUCAAUAAACUUUUGUAUUUAUAAACAACAAUCUUUACUAUUUUAUUGCAUACUUGGUGCAUUUUUUUAUAUUUAUCUUAUAAAACAAUUAAGGUUAAGGUUUAUGUAUAAGGACUUAUAACAGUGAAGUGACUGGCACAAUAGCAUAGCUAAAAAGUCAAGAUGUGUGUUUAGUUUUCAAUAUUAAAAGAAAAAAAAAACAAACAGUAUGUAAAUUUAGAAAUAAUUUUUUAACUCGGUGUUAUUACCUGCUAGUAUUUUUGUAGCUAUUUUAAAGUUUUAUAAGAAUUAAACACCUGUUUUAUAAUGUUGUCUAUAUUUAAUAAAAUUAUUAAGAUAA